AUGCACCGCUUUAAUUUUAUCCUCUUAAUCGCACUGAUCAGCAUCUGUCAAGUUGUCAGAGCACAAUUAGGGCCUGCCAUUUUGUCACCUGCACAGAAUGCCACUGUACCAGUUGGUGGCAAAGUGGAUAUUGUCUAUCGCUACCAAAAUAUGGGCACUGGCAACUAUUCUGUCGACAUUCAGCUGUGGCAAGAUGCAGCAGUUACAAUCCCCAUCUCUAAUAUCACCAUAGAUCAUGAAAUUAAAGGUGGAAACUCCAGUGGCGUCCAAGUGAAUUUCUUGAUGAAUGAUACAUACACCUGGAGUGUGCCUCAUGGUCUCAACAAGACCUUCUGGUUAACGGUUACUGAGAAAGCUGAAACAGCAUUCUAUACCAAGGGUAUUUCUUUGCGCUCUCGUCCAGUGAUGCUUCACCCAAGCUCUGCCAUCAUGAAUAGUCCAGCCUCUUAUGCUAUUUUAUCCACUCUUGCUAUUUGCACCAUUGUUUUCUCUCUUCUCUAA